AUGUUGAAUUCUUUGUUUCUUGAUUAUGUUCAGACUCUGGAUUCUGCCUUAGAAAACACAAAGCAACAUUGGUUUGAACAAGCAGACCUCGAAGCGACUAAAAAUAGUGAACGAAGAUAUCAACAAGGAAGAGGACCAUGCAAUAUUUUCAUAUUAGAUACUUCGUCGAAUAUGGGAGAGGAAGGCUUCAUACAAAUGAUAGACACAUUUUGUUCUAUCAUGGAUGAAUAUGCCAGAUACCCUGAAAUGGAUGAAAAUGUAGCUGUUGUGAUUUGUGGAAGGACAACGACAUUUAAACACUACUAUUCCAAUAAUUAUGACCAGAUAAAACAUUGCAUUGACGACGUUGAAUAUGGCGGGCCGUGUCCCCUUACCGCGGCUUUUAUCCUAUCUUUAGGAGCUAUUCUCAAAAGAUCAGGACAUACGAGGGUGAUGGGAAGUUUUCACGUGCAUCCCCGCUUUAUUGUUAUUUCGUCUGGAAGGCCAACCGACUUCACCUUAAUGAACAAUAUGGAAGAAAUUGUAAUGGAUCAUUUACAUCAAACAGCAAGAAAAAUUGGAAGACACAAUCCAAUAUACUGUAUUCCAGUAGGAAAGAAUCCAGACAUGGAAAAUUUAAGAUUUAUAUCUGCUCUUUCAAGAGGUGGGAAGAUUGUUUAUCCACAUGAAGCCAGGCAGUUUGCUAAAUAUACUCAGAACAAAUGCUUUGAGAGAUUUGACAAAGAAACAAUAAUACAAUUAAUUCCUCAGGCUAUGCCCGGAAAGGAAUUCACUGACACAGAUAAGGAGGAUAUUUUCGAAAUUUGUACGAAAAGGUCCCUAUUUAUACCAAUGGAUCAGAUUGAAAAAGAGGCUACCAACAGCGGAAAUAAUGAUUCCGUUAUAGAGUGGGACCCUUGUAUGCCCCCGUUAGGCAGUAGAGUAAGAAAGAGUCCAGAAAGUCCUUUAAGUACUGUAGAAAGACAUAUCAUUGGAACAGUAAUUGAGCAUUGUGAAGAUGUUGGAUGGUUGAUUGUCAAAUGGGAUGGAGGUUCUAUGGAUAAAUACAGAUAUGGAUUAUUCAAUGAGCAAAAAUAUGAAUACGACGUCAUCGUUUGCGAUGUACCAAGGAUGUUGGAGAAUGAACUAAUAGCCACUGGAUGUUUGGUUUAUAGAGGUCCAGACUGGGAAUUUGGUGAUCAAGAUGGGGGAGAGGGAAGUAUUGGUUCGGUGUAUAGCGCAACCCCUAAUGGAAUUGUUGAUGUCCGCUGGCAAAAUGGCACUAAAAAUAAUUAUCGAUUUGGAUUUGGUGGUAAAUUCGACCUGUCUUUGUGCAACCCUUUCUCGGCGGAGGCAAACAGAUUUUUACAGGAUCAAAAAAGACACACUGCCUCUAAACUUCCAGAGACAAUGCAAUACAUUUAUGCUGAUGUUCCAUCUUCGGAGACUCCAAGAUCAGGUGAUGAGAAAAUAUUAAAAACUGGAAAGGAAACUAAUAUUGGCAUAUUUUUGAAAACUCCAAAAGGGGUAUAUUUUAAAAAUGACACAGUGGAAAACGACAAUGAUUCAGACUUAGACAUAGAUUGUUCUGACGUCACAUGCCUGUCUAUAAAUUGUGAUCACUGGUUAUGGAAAGAUAAAGAUGGCACCUGGAACCAUUAUUCAAAAAGGAUAAAUGAUAAAUUGAUGAAGAAUUUUAAGAGAAACCAAACCUCAACAGUUGUCAUCACAUUACAAGAUGAUUUGUACAGAGUAGUUUUUGCAAAGAAUAUGCAGAUUAACUUGAUGACAAGGGAACAGAUGGAAAUAAAGCUAGUUAAAAAUGAAGUCUAAA